GAUUACCGGAUAUUGUAACAGGUCUUUUGUUUGGGUUUGGGACUGGUGUGAUUUCAUUAUUCAUUUUAGUUUAAUUAUCUUGGGGGUUAUUAUUCAUGUAAAUACCCUUUUGGUUUUCUUUUUUUCUUGUUGCUUUUUAACUUUUUGUUUUGUUUUGUUUUUACUUUUUAACUCCGCUUCUUGCGUCUCGAGGAAUUUGUAUGUGCUAUACUGCGAGUUGUAUAUCGCAGUUCUAACCCGCGCGAAUGAAGUCAAGACAUGUACGGUCUAUUUCGGGGCUUUUGUUGGGUGGUGGGACUGGGAUUUUGGCUUCGGAGUCAUGCUCAGGAAACUUAAACAUAUCCUCUCAAUCCGACGCCGACGGCCUCAAAGACUGCGAAACCAUUAACGGUCCCCUAACUAUCUCCUCCUCCGCCAGCGGCACCAUCAGUAUCCCCGAAGUCCAGGACAUCAAAGGCCCGUUUACGAUUGAGGGAUCGUCGAAUCUCAAUGCCGUCACCGCCAGCAAUUUGGAAACCGUCAGUGGGCCGCUCACGAUCACCGGUAAUGGCGCGUUGAAUAGUGUUUCGUUGUCGAAUUUGCAGAAUGUCGGGGGUGAGCUGAGGAUUCAGGGGAAUGAGGGGUUGAAGGAGGUGAGGUUGGAUGAUUUGGAGAGGGUUAAUGGGAAUUUGGUUCUGAAUGGGGAUUUUGAUCGCAUAUCGCUUGGGAAUCUGGAGAAUGUCUACGGUCAAACGACGAUUCAGAGUUCGGGCUCAUUUCAAUGCUCAAGUCUGGAUAAGCUUGUGUCGGAUAAGAAUGCUUUCAGGGGCUCGUUCUCUUGCAAUGAGAAAGGGUCGGGUCUUAGCGCCGGCGCGAAGGCUGGUAUUGCGAUUGGUGUUAUUGUCGGUGUUAUUCUCGUCGUGCUCCUCAUCUGGCUUUGUAUGCGUCGACAAAAGAGGCAAAAACGGAAGGAUGCCGUCCUCGCUGGACUCACUGCUGCUGGCGCCGCGGGGGCGGUCGGGAAGGAUGUCGAGAAAGCUGAGAAUAAAGCACCUACUGCAGUGUCGAAUAACUCUCCGUCCAGUCAAGAACCGCCGAGUCCGCCGUCCGAUACCGAGGUGGUGGCUGCAAGUACUAUACCGAGAAAACCUGUUUCUCCGCCGCCGCCGGCACCGGUACCUGCAGCGUUGGUGCCCGGCGAUCGGUCAUCGACGGUGCUUUCAAAUUCGGAUGACCCGUCCUUGUUUCUGCGGCCGAUACCGAGAAGGAGACCGUCUGAGUCGGAGGUCCCCAUGCUGGAUAGUGAGAACGUGCAUGAGGCGCCGCCGCCGGAAGUUGGGAGGCAGCAGGAGGGGUUGUUUGAGCUGGAUGCUGGGCCUGUGAGUGGUAAGCAUCAGCAGGCUAUACAUCACGAUUGAUCAGUGAUCUUUUCUUUAUGUGCAAUGAUAAUAAUGAUACCUUUUUGUUUUUUUUUUUUUU